ACAGCGCUGACUACCACUCUCUUUCUGGGUUACUGUAAUUUUAGGUCAGACACCGAUUUUGACUCCUUUUAUAGCCCCAGAAAUAUUCAUUCUACCUUUCUUUACUUGAGCAUCACUCAUCCGAAGGCAACAUGACGGGGUCGGAGCCGUUUGAAAAGCAGCAACAGCACAAGUCGGUCAACGGGGACGUUUGCUCAGAGGCAGCCGGAGAAGAUGCGUUUGAUCACACCUACGAGGAGAAGGAAGGCCCGAAACCUUCUAAGAUCUUUGUCUGGAGAAAUAUCAUCCUCAUGACUCUGUUGCAUUUAGGAGCAGUUUACGGCUUAUUCCUCAUCCCUUCUGCAUCUCCCUCUACGUUGCUUUGGACUAUGACCUGCUUUCUGAUAAGUGCUUUAGGAAUUACUGCAGGGGCUCACCGCUUGUGGAGCCACAGGACCUACAAAGCUUCAUUACCUCUGAGGAUCUUCCUCGCUUUUGGUAAUUCCAUGGCUUUUCAGAACGAUAUAUUCGAAUGGGCUCGAGACCACCGGGUUCAUCACAAAUACUCGGAGACAGACGCAGACCCUCACAACGCCAAAAGGGGCUUCUUCUUCUCCCACAUCGGCUGGCUGCUGGUGCGCAAACAUCCCGACGUCAUCGAGAAGGGGGGCAAGCUGGAGCUGAGCGACCUGCUAGGCGACAAAGUUGUAAUGUUUCAGAGGAGGCACUACAAGCUCUCUGUGCUGCUGAUGUGCUUCUUUAUCCCGAUGUUCGUGCCUUGGUACUUCUGGGGCGAGUCCCUGUGGGUGGCGUACUUCGUCCCGGCUCUGCUGAGGUACACCUUGGUGCUGAACGCCACCUGGCUGGUGAACAGCGCGGCGCACAUGUGGGGAAACCGGCCGUACGACCAGAACAUCAACCCAAGGGAGAACAGAUUUGUCACUUUCAGCGCCAUAGGAGAGGGAUUUCACAACUACCACCAUACGUUCCCUUACGACUACGCCACCAGCGAGUACGGCUGCAAGCUGAACCUCACCACCUGCUUCAUCGACUUCAUGUGCUUCCUGGGCCUGGCCAAGGACCGCAAGAGGGUGUCCCGCGAGGUGGUCCUGUCCCGGAUACAGCGCACCGGAGACGGAAGCCACCGCAGUGGCUAAGAAAAAAAAUAAAAAUAGGAAGGAUAAAACACAGAACAGACAAUGUCCAUUUCAAGAGAAGAUGACUAACAGCGCUCUGACAGCUGCUCAUUUGCUCAUCUUCUGAGGUUAAAAUUCAGCGUCACAAGGGCCUUUACCACAGUUUGCUUGUUUUUGGUGGGGGUUUUUGUAGCUGUAGCCACACAAAAUUUUGAAGUUCAAAAGAACGCUUUAAAAUUUUGAGAUUUGCGAUGUAGAUUCAGACCCAAUGCUCAGUUGUUUCAGCUUUUUCACUGUUGAGUUUUAAAAGUGGACUAUUCUUCGCCGCUGUUCAGUCUCCAUCAGCAUUCAACAAUGUAGCCGAUCAUUUUUAUGUAUUACAUUAAUGUUUAUUUAACGCUGGUUGGAAACUGGACUUUAUUUUUGUGUAUAGCACUUUCUAAAAUGAAUUCUGUUCUAAAGAUUAACUUCAUGAGUUUUUAAGAUUUAAAAAAAAAAAAUCUUCUUAGUUGAUACUCGUUGGCUUUAUUGAAAUUUGAAAACCAAGUCGUGCAGCUUGCGUUGAUGUUUACUACAGUUGCCUUGUGCAGAGAAACGAAACCAAAUUUAAAGCAAAACCUGAAGUUCUCGAUAAAAUGUUCAGUUUUGCUGCAUUUAUUCAUUAAUGUAACUAAUCUCAGUGAUAAUAUGUUUUCGAUAACGUUCAAAAUAUUUCCUGUUCAGUUUUGCGUAAUUUUGCAGAUAGUGUUCCAAUCAGCCGCUUUUAUGGUAAAAUCUAUACUUUCUUUCUCACAUCACAUGAUUGUGAAGGCCGGGUUCUCAUUGGUUGGUGCAGCAGCCAGUCACGUGACAGAUCUAUUAGAAAAAUAAAACAUGCCACUCCUUUUGAAUGGCCAUAUGCUGUAGUAGGUGUUGUGCUGAGGUGAUGUGUCAGUGACUGUCAUGGCAGAACUGCAUUUUGUUGCUGUUGUAUCAUCAGGACUGUUGUCAUGGUGAUUCUUUGAGACGGUCUGAAAAAAGAGACUGCCAUUUUCAAUUUGUAGGUGCUUUAAUGUUAGUGUUUAUCUGCGAUUCUGGUCUAUGGAAUGCUUUAAUUAUUUAUGUAUAAAAAAUAUUUCUCUCUUUUUUGACUUGAAAUAUUCUUAACUUGAUGGUUUUUGCACUCCUUGAUUUGGCCGAGUCUUGUGUCGUAUAUGUGAAAUAUUAUCAAACUGCAGCGCCUGCUUUUCUUCUUUGCUAGCAGUCCGACUUCAGUACCGUGCAAAAAUAUUCACACCUUCCUUUAGCUAUUUUGUGACGUUACAGUUACAAACGUUUCUGAAUCUUAUUGGGAUUUUGGGAUAAACCAGCACAAAGUUUUGCAUAAUUACAAAGUAGAAGGAACCUGAUACUUUGUGGCAAUAAUAACUGCCAUAAAUCAGUGGUCCUCUGCCAGUUAUUUUAAUUUUAUGUUUUCUUUAGAAACCAGCUAACGUGAAGUAAAAUUGCGAUGUAGGCACACAUUUUCAUUUGCUCUAAAUCCUUCUGGACUUCUGCUGUUCCUCCAGAACGUAGAUGCACACCACACUUUUGAGAUUGUGUUCUAUUUUCCUUUAACUUCAAAAUGACAUUUUGGAGAAAUUAACAUCCUAAUAAAAUAAUAAUAAAAAAGAGUUCAGGGUUGAAACGUGACAAAUUGCGAAAUUUCUUGGCAUAUUAAUAUUUUUCAAGGUACUGUGCCUCCUAAUGCCUUAUGACAUGAAUCCAUUUCUUCACAUUCCAGCAGCUCCAAGGUUCAAAUACUAAAAGAAAAUAGCUUGCAGGCUGAAAUACAAGGCAAGACUGUUUUAGUUCCAUUUGACAAAUCUUGGGAUGACAACUGGAAAGUGAAGGGAAGCUUUUGUGUUGGAAAAAACUUUCACUGGUGCAAAUGUUUAUUUGGGAGUUUUAACUUGUAAAAUAAGUUAAAGCUUAUUCCUGUCCUGCUGUAGAGGACAGGAGCAGAGACGCCAUGUUGUCUUGAGAAAUGUCAUCACAAGCCAGUAGUGUCACUCAGCUGUGCAGCUCCCCCAAAGUACAAAAGUAAGCAUUUUCAUAGCUUCAGGAGGGAUUGAAAAGGUUCCCAGUUUGUCAGAUUUCAACUGUUUCCUAUUCUGAAAUAAAAAAUGGCAAUAUUUUCAAUA